AUGGACCACUCCAAAAUAGGAGAUUAUAACGUUCGUCUUAUGCACGCUCAGAUUGAGAAAGACCUGCCUCCCGAACGACUACCAGUUCCAGGACCGCUCCUUCCCAUGCUUAAGAGUCUAUGCGCUACUUCUCCCUACGAUAGCCACUACAUAAUUGUAUCUCCAUUUGUUCCCUCCCACCCGGGACCUCGGAACCAUGGUGAAUUGAUUAGUCCCUACGACUACAUGCUAGGAAUGCCAAACAUCCCGGCCAUCCUAGGAUUCGCUAACUCCAUUAUUACAGCUCCAGCAGAUGAUAUCCCUGACUAUACAAACCAGGAUACAUUCUCGGAUGAUGCAGCACACACACUGAACGGACACCUAUUCCCUAUAGGGCAAUGGACGGCUCAAGACAGCUCCCUACUCCUACAACCAGGGUUACACCAGACGCCCGAGACUAACGAAGAACUUGACGAACAGCUCAACCUCUACGGUUCAAAGCUAAUGAUUCCAAUUAUUAACGUCAACACACCACUUGUUACUCUCAAAAACUUUACCUGUCUCAGCUCCAUCUCAUGGAUCGAAAACCUCCUUCCUAAUCGACCACCAACGGUUUAUAAAGACGCACGUACGCCGAAACGCGACAAGCCGCAACAUCAACGCAACCACGUUACGACAGUUGUGUUCCGGCCUAUAUAUAUUAUAUCUUAUUCUGUCAUCAUUUGUCGUUACUUGUACUGA